GGCAUUUGCUCCCCGCAAUGGAUUACUAGAAGUAGAAAUACUUGUAAGAAAAAAAACAUAUAUAUACCAAAAUUUCCAGCAAGAAAGAUAGAAAGAUAGAUUGAAAUGGAUUCAUAUUCCUCUGUUUUUCACUCUACGAGCAAUGAGUUCUCCUCUGAUAAUUCCUCUUUCAAUUCAUCGGAAUCAUCGAUCCCUUUAUGGGAAUGGGAUUCAGAAGUUUUCAUAAAUUCUCUUCCUUUCAAUGAAAAUGAUUCCCAAGAAAUGAUGCUGUUCGGCGUUCUGUCAGAAGCACCCCAAGAACCCUCGGAAUCCAACUCCUCCGAUCACCACAACCAUACCGAAGAAGUGAACUCCUCGUCGGCGGAGGGAGAUCCAGCCGUGAAGCCCACCAAGGAAAAGUCGUUUCGGGGCGUCAGGAAGCGGCCGUGGGGGAAGUUCGCGGCGGAGAUAAGGGAUUCCACGAGAAACGGGGUAAGGGUCUGGCUGGGGACGUUCGACACCGCGGAAGCGGCGGCGAUGGCUUAUGACCAAGCCGCUUUUGCCAUGCGUGGACCUGCGGCGAUCCUCAACUUCCCAGCGGAGAGGGUGCGGGAAUCUUUGCGGGAGAUGAGGUGUUGCAUAGAGGAGGAAGGGGGUUCGCCGGUGAUGGCGUUGAAGAGAAAGCACUCCAUGCGGCGGCGAAGAGGCGGCGGCGGCGGGAGGAAAGGGAAAGCGAGGGAAGUGAAGGUGGAGAAUGUGGUGGUGUUUGAGGACUUAGGCGCUGAUUACUUGGAACAGCUCUUAAGUAGUUCUAGUGCAAAUCCUAGUCUUUGGUGAAAUUCCUCUUUCUUCCUCUGUCAUUUCUUUGGUUUCUUCAUCAAGCCGUGGUGUUAAUUAAUUAGUGUAUAGGAUUUGAAUUUUUCUUCAAAUUCCUCCUUUUUUUUUUCACUAGUCUUGUUUUAUUACAAAAUAUAUAUAUUAUAAACCCGUGUUAUGAAAAAAAAUCAAAAAAUCGUUUUAGUCUGUAUUUUUUAUAUACGUGGUAUACAUUUUAUACAAGUAACAUGUAUAUAUGUAAACGACAUGUAACACAGAAUACAAUAUGGAGCUGAUUUUGUGCGAGAA